UGUGUUUUGUUGGAGGAAGCUGGCGGGCAUUCUCCUGUCACAUGUGGCUGCCCAGUUGUCCCAGCAGCCUCUGUGCCGUCACCGCUGAGUUGUCUCGGCGUCCUGAGGCCCUGCAGAUGCGGACGUUGAAGCCUAGAGAAAGGGAGCAACUUGCCUAGAGACACAUAGCAGGAGAGGUGGAACAGCUACAGCUGGUGUUUGUGUCAGGCCCCAGACUGUCCCCAGAUCCACUGGGGUAGCCCUGCGGCCUACCAGCCAGGACCAUGGGCAGCAACAAAAGCAAGCCCAAGGAUGCCAGCCAGCGGCGCCGCAGCCUGGAGCCCGCGGAGAACGUGCACGGGCCAGGGGGCGCCUUCCCAGCCUCACAGACACCGAGCAAGCCCGCCUCCGCCGACUCCCACCGCGGGCCCAGCGCCGCCUUCGUGCCCCCCGCGGCCGCCGAGCCCAAGCUCUUCGGAGGCUUCAACUCCUCGGACACUGUCACCUCCCCGCAGAGGGCGGGGCCUCUGGCAGGUGGGGUGACCACCUUUGUGGCCCUCUAUGACUAUGAGUCACGGACAGAGACUGACCUGUCCUUCAAGAAAGGGGAGCGGCUGCAGAUUGUCAACAACACAGAGGGAGAUUGGUGGCUGGCACACUCGUUGAGCACAGGACAGACCGGCUACAUCCCCAGCAACUAUGUGGCUCCCUCCGACUCCAUCCAGGCUGAGGAGUGGUACUUUGGCAAGAUCACAAGACGGGAAUCAGAGCGGCUACUGCUCAAUGCUGAGAACCCAAGAGGGACCUUCCUCGUGAGGGAAAGUGAGACCACAAAAGGUGCCUACUGCCUCUCUGUAUCCGACUUCGACAAUGCCAAGGGCCUCAAUGUGAAACACUACAAGAUCCGGAAACUGGACAGCGGUGGUUUCUACAUCACCUCCCGCACCCAGUUCAAUAGCCUGCAGCAGCUCGUGGCUUACUACUCUAAACAUGCUGACGGCCUGUGUCACCGCCUCACUACCGUGUGCCCCACGUCGAAGCCUCAGACCCAGGGCCUGGCCAAGGAUGCCUGGGAAAUCCCCCGGGAGUCCCUGCGGCUAGAGGUCAAGCUGGGCCAGGGCUGCUUCGGAGAGGUGUGGAUGGGGACCUGGAAUGGCACCACAAGAGUCGCCAUCAAAACCCUGAAGCCAGGCACCAUGUCUCCAGAGGCCUUCCUGCAGGAGGCCCAAGUCAUGAAGAAACUGAGGCACGAGAAGCUGGUGCAGCUGUAUGCCGUGGUGUCGGAGGAACCCAUUUACAUUGUGACUGAGUACAUGAGCAAGGGGAGUCUACUGGACUUUCUCAAGGGGGAAACAGGCAAAUACCUGCGACUGCCCCAGCUGGUGGACAUGGCUGCUCAGAUCGCCUCAGGCAUGGCGUAUGUGGAGCGGAUGAACUACGUGCACCGGGACCUCCGAGCCGCCAAUAUCCUGGUUGGGGAGAACCUGGUGUGCAAAGUGGCUGACUUUGGGCUGGCCCGGCUCAUCGAGGACAAUGAGUACACGGCCCGGCAAGGUGCCAAGUUCCCCAUCAAGUGGACAGCCCCUGAAGCUGCACUGUAUGGCAGGUUCACCAUCAAGUCGGACGUGUGGUCCUUCGGGAUCCUGCUGACCGAGCUCACCACGAAGGGACGAGUGCCCUACCCUGGGAUGGUGAACCGCGAGGUGCUGGACCAGGUGGAGCGCGGCUACCGGAUGCCAUGUCCCCCCGAGUGCCCCGAGUCCCUGCACGACCUCAUGUGCCAGUGCUGGCGGAAGGAGCCCGAGGAGCGGCCCACCUUCGAGUACCUGCAGGCCUUCCUGGAGGACUACUUCACAUCCACUGAGCCGCAGUACCAACCCGGGGAGAACCUAUAGGAACUGUGCGCAGGACUGUUGCCCCUAGGCUUUGGGCUGUCACUUCUGUGGCACCCACCUCCUUUCAUCCUCUUUCUGGGGCUGAGUCGCCUCGGUGAUGCCCCUUUUGGAGCAUGGAAGGGCUUCAGGGACAGGGGCAGCCUGGAAGGGCAGGUUGAGGCUGGUCCAGUGACUGUCCCGUGGCCUGCCCUGGUCGCAGGCCCUCUCUGUGCAUUCUCUGGAGCCAGCCUGCUCCUCGCAGUAGACACCAGGUGAAGAGCAGGGCUGUGGGGUGGCUUUCCAACCUCAGCCCACUCCACUCACCUGGCUCCUCCCUACUCUCUUCACCCUGGGUCUGUUUCAAGCUGGCCAAAGAGCCUUUCCAAAGAGGAAUGAGGCCCAGCCCUUGCCUAUAUGUACUUCCUGCCCUUGGCCAUCCUUGUUGGAGGCUUCUGGGUAGAACACUGGGUCUGGAGCUCCCUGCCAUGGCUCUCAGGCUGGACAGCCCAAGGCCCAACACAAGUUGGGGUGUGAGGGUGAGCACUCCCUCUCAGCCCUGUCCUCCACAGGGAACCUUGGAGAUCAUUGACACACUGCCCUCAUUUCUCUGUUGGAAAAACUGAAUCCAGGAGGGGCUGUGAGGUGGGCUUAGCACCUGGUGCUCCCUCUGUCUUCCUCAGGAACUAAUGAGAACUGUCCUCAAAGGCAGUGGACAGGCUGGGGCCUGAGACUGGGCUAAAGGAGGCAGAGUUCUGCCGCCACGGAGGCCCAGGGGUCUGUUGUGGGGAAAGGCAAGCAGAUGCUGAGCCAGGAAUGAGGGCUGGACCAUGAGGGUGUGGAAUGGGCUUCAGUCACAGUGUGGAUGGCCUUUGACCUUCAGAGCCAGCUGUGAUGUGGGGUGAGCGCCUAGGCUGCUGACACAAGCCAGUAGAAGUUGAAGAGCUAAGAAGAGCCUGGUCAUCCUCCUCCAUUUGUCCUGAUCAUUUCAACUCCUGGCCCCUGCUCUCCUGCCUAUGCUGGGACUCCUUAACUCAGGGGGAAGGAGGAGAGUUCCUCGGCCAGGGAAAGGAGGGCAAGACUCCUCCCUGCUGUGCACCGACACUGGCCCUGCUCUCUCUCUGAGCUACAGUCUUUGCCCCUGUGGCUAUGGCCUCUGCCAUUGGCCAGCCCCUGUAUAGAUCCCGUAGCUGGGCAUCUAAGGGGAGCACAGCCCUAGGACUGCAGCCAACUGACUGCUUGGUCUUUGGCUUUUCUGCCGAGCCUUAGGGUAGGUGGCUUCUCUCUGCCUCAGUUUCCCCAUCUGUAAGGUGGGCAGUUGAUGAUUUGUGGCAUCUCAGCCGAGGGGCCCUGUGUGUGUAUGUGUGUGUGUAUGUAUGUACAUGUGCCUGUGUGUCUUCCCUUGUGUCCAUAUUUAACAUGUAAAAACACUCCUACCCUGUCCCCAGACAUGAUCAUUUCACCCAAUGCCCCAUCACAGCAAUAAUGCCCCUGCUGCCGGGGAUUCGAGCCAGCCAGGGCCUGCUCACAGGGAGGAGGCUAAGCAGGGCCUGCCCUGAUGUUUCUACUCUCCUCCCACAGUCUCUUGCUUAAGUCUCCCCAUGCACCCGGCGAGUCUGAGCUUGCCACCCCACUUUCCCCAACCCCCACUCUAGCUGCCCAAGGACCUCUGUGUAAGGUGGCCUCAACUUUCAACUGUCCACUCUUCCUUCCUUCCUUCCUUCCUUCCUUCCUUCCUUCCUUCC